AAAAAAGGCGAAAAUUCCAAGAAUCAGUGGGGGCAAAGAAAAUAGAUAAACAGUAGCAAUUAGCUUGGUCGGCAAAUAUUUAUGUUUUAUUUCGUAAGAAUUAAAAAACAUUUAUAAAAAAAUAAUAAUAACGAAAAUUCUCACAUAUAUAUAUAGGCCUUUCGAGUGGUUCAAUUACCACAAAUCAAAACGACUUGACUAUCUCAGUAGCCUGGGCUUAGCAGGAAACGACACUAUUUUUGCUUCUUUCUUUCUUUCUUUGUUCUUUUGUGUGUUAACAACAAUGGUGAAGGACGUUGAAGUGGGAGGACAGCAAGGGUACUCGGCCAAGGACUACCAGGACCCGCCACCAGCCCCAUUAUUCGACGCCGAAGAGCUUGGUCAGUGGUCCUUUUACAGGGCUAUCAUUGCUGAGUUUGUGGCCACGCUUUUGUUCUUGUACAUCACAGUUUUGACAGUCAUCGGUUACAAAAGCCAGACUGAUCCAGCCAAAAGCGCCGAUGCCUGUGGUGGCGUCGGAAUUCUGGGUAUUGCUUGGGCUUUCGGUGGCAUGAUCUUCGUGCUAGUUUACUGCACAGCCGGAAUCUCUGGAGGACACAUUAACCCAGCUGUGACUUUUGGACUGUUCUUGGCAAGGAAGGUGUCUUUGGUACGAACCAUUUUGUACAUAGUGGCUCAGUGUUUGGGAGCCAUCUGCGGGUGUGGGCUAGUGAAGGCUUUCCAGAGUGCUUACUACGAUAAAUACGGCGGAGGAGCCAACUCCCUUGCCGAUGGAUACAGCACCGGUACUGGACUUGCCGCUGAGAUAAUCGGCACCUUUGUUCUUGUCUACACUGUCUUCUCUGCUACUGACCCCAAAAGAAGCGCAAGAGACUCCCAUGUUCCCGUCCUGGCACCACUUCCAAUUGGGUUCGCCGUGUUCAUGGUUCAUCUUGCCACCAUCCCCAUCACUGGUACUGGUAUCAACCCAGCUAGAAGUUUCGGAGCUGCAGUGAUUUUCAACCAGGAGAAGCCAUGGAAUGACCACUGGAUCUUCUGGGUGGGACCAUUCAUUGGAGCUGCCAUUGCUGCUUUCUACCACCAAUUUGUAUUGAGAGCAGCCGCUGUCAAAGCUCUUGGAUCAUUCAGAAGCACCAACACCAUGUAAUCUGGAACAGAGAGCAAUCAAAGUAUCAGUUUUUCUCUUAUCUGGGCACUAGUAUAUUUCAAAAACGAAAAGAUCAAUUACAUCUUCGAAAUUCUCACAAGGAGGUUUCAUUUGGAGCUUGGUGUUUAUGUAUAUGAUUUUUAAGUAUCUGUUGUAAUUUUCUGUUUUGGGGACCUUUUUUAGAUGUGCCCCUUUUCUUGUUUUUUCUUUCUGCUUUGUUUCUUUUCUUUUCCAUCUCCUUUUACGAGUGUCUGUAUCCUUAUAUUAUCAGUUUCAUCGACGAAAAAUCAAAGUUCAUGAUCAAAA